UUCCUAAUAGGACAACACUUCUUUAUUUUCCCUGUUUAAGCACACUCUUUGUUGACUGCAUAUUACCUUACAAGGAAAAUUUUCUUAACAUCACGCUAAUAAUGACGGAAGAAAACUAAAUGAGGAAGAAACUCUUUUAUUUUGAACAAAUAGUUUGGCCAGCAUGGGAACAAACAUUAAACGAAACAAAAAUAAAAUUAAAAACAAUUAAUAAACGUGUGGCAUUUAAAUGUUCAAAUAAUUUAAUUCCUUUGGAUGAAAUUGUGUUGGAAUUUAUUCAUUUAAUUUGUGACAAACUUGAAUUGACUACAUCUUUAAUUAAUGUUAAUAAUUCAACAAAAUGGGUAAAUUCUCCAAAUUGUGGUGCUACUUCUAUUUUUAUUGGUACAACGAGAGAUACUUUUGAAGAUAAAAUUGUAAAGCAAUUAGAAUAUGAAGCUUAUAAUGAUAUGGCCUUUUCUGAAAUGAGUAAAUUAUGUAAAGAAGUUAGAAAUAAAAUUCCAACAAUUGAAAGGAUUUGUAUUUGUCACAGAUUGGGUCAAGUCCCAGUAGGAGAGAUUUCUGUAUUUAUAGCUACAAGUUCUCCACAACGAAAAGCAGCAAUUGAAGCAACCGAAUGGCUUAUUAAUUCUUUGAAAGAAAGAGUUCCUAUUUGGAAAAAGGAAUUAUAUUCUGACGGUUCUUCUUCUUGGAAAGAAAAUAAAGAACAACCAUUUAAUGUUCAAAACAAUCAUCUUUAA